AUGUUUAGCCUUGAUCUUAGUAACAAUCAGUUAACAGGAUUAAUUCCAGCUUGGAUAGGGGAGAGAAUGAGAUCAUUGUUAAUCCUUAGUGUGAAGAAUAAUAAGUUUUCUGGCCCCAUUCCCUUACAAAUCUGUAGCCUUUCAGAUCUUCACAUACUGGACCUUUCAGAAAAUAAUUUAUCUGGUUCUAUUCCAUCAUGUGUUGGCAAUUUGGAAGGCUUCAAGGUUGAGCUAACUGAUGAUGAAGCUAGACAAUAUCAAGGGUCGUUGACAGUGGAGGCAAAAGGAACAAUGCUUACUUAUUCUAAUACCCUUUACCUAGUAAAUAGUAUCGAUCUCUCGAGCAACAGUUUAUCUGGAGAAAUCCCUGUAGAGAUAGCAAGCUUAUACAAACUUGGAACUUUGAACUUGUCCAGGAACCAUUUGACGGGAAAUAUACCCACAAAUAUGGGGAAAUUGGGAUGGAUUGAAACCUUAGAUCUUUCAAUAAAUCAACUGUCAAGUCCUAUUCCACCAAGCAUAACUACUUUAGACUUUUUGACACAUUUGAACUUGUCUUAUAAUGACUUGUCAGGAAGAAUUCCCACUAGCACACAGUUCCAAACCAAUGAUGAUCCGACAAUUUUCCAAGGAAAUGAUGCACUUUGUGGUCCUCCUUUACGAAAGUGUUUUAAAGAUGGGACUACAACAUCCGAUAAUGGAACGGAUGAUGAAGGAGAAACAGACGAUGAAGAUAAACUUGAGAAAAUAUGGUUCUUUGCUGUUGUUGGUCUGGGAUACUUUGUUGGCUUCUGGGUAUUUUUUGGCACUUUGGUCAUCAAGAAAAGAUGGAGAAUUGCUUAUUUCAGAUUCAUAGAGGCAUGCAUUUUGGUGUUCGAUGAAUGGACAUGGAGUUUUCGGCAUAAAACGUUAGGAUAUUUAACGUGUAGAAGAAACACUUAG